AAACAAAGCCUUACUAAAACCCUACAUACCCAAGCCAAAGACACCCUUUGGGCUUCUUUGCUUCGAUUCUCUGUUCCUCUACUUAUCUACUCAUUUCAACAAUGGAGAAGAUUCUUGCAGCCGAAGAUAGGAUGAUGCGGCCAAAGACGAAGAUCGUGUGCACUCUGGGGUUGGUUUCUAAGUCCAUUGAGAUGAUAGAGAAGCUUCUAAAGGCGGGCACGAACAUUGCUCACUUCAACUUCUCUUAUGGCUUCCGUGAAUACCACCAAGAAACCCUAGAUAAUCUCAAGACUACCAUGGCCAAUACUGUCAUUCUCUAUGCUGUCAUGCUUGAUACAAGGUCUAGUUGCAGAGAACUGGGAGAUAUUCCGAAACUCGGAUCUUCACUUCGGUUAUCCUGCAAGGCCCCGAGGUUGAUCAUCGGGGUAGACACUCCAAUGCCUAAGUUAGCAAUAAUUAGAGCUACCAACUAUGAAGCAAGAGCAAGACCUAAGUUAGAGGUCGGUUUCAAGUACCUUUCUGAGGUAUCUCUCAUGAGGAAUUUGUGUGCGUACAGAGCUACUGUGGAGUAUGAGCAGAGGGGACGAGCUCGAAUUCGACCGAGCUCAUCGCUCUUCAAUCAAGUCAAGGUAACUAGAUUGUUAGGAAUAGUUAUGACUGUCCAAGUGAAGAUUGUGAUACCAAAGAUGUCUCCCGAAGAAAUGUUAAAUGUUGGAGGGGAAGAGGAGGUGAAGAGCUUGAGUUUGAGCUCAAGCUCUAGUGGGGGAAGUGGGAGUGGGACCUCUAUUAGUGGGAGUAAUGGGGGUCAAGAGGAUAGCAUUGUUCCAACUAACAUUUUAGAAGUUGGUGAUGGCCAAGCAAGGUGUUAUGACGAGAGGGAGGAGGUGGUGGGGGAGGUUAUAGGAUAUAAAUCGUGUUGGAGGAGUAGGGAGGAGUUGGGGCACUUAGUGGAGAAUUACAACAUCCCUCCUCAUGUGCUGGUGAGGCCAGCUGAAAGUGAGGAACGGGCAUAUUUGACUCCAAAGGAUCAUUGGAUGCUGCUAUAUGUGCACUACCUAGCGGUUGGGCUCCGAUUUCCCACUCUAGAGUUGCUGGUAGCACUGCUGAAGGAGUUUGGGUUAGGGUUGAUGCAGCUCGUCCUAAACGGAGUUUGGCUGGUGGUGGGGUUUUUGGUCUACUACCAACUUCGAGGUGGAGAAGGAGGAGGUGGAGAGGUUGGAGAGGGUUGGGGGGGAGCUGGCAAACAUAAUGUACCUUACUGUCCAGAGGUGGUGGAGUCGUCUAGAAUCUAUGGGAGAAGCUCAUUGAACGGAGAGAAAAUGAAUCGUUUGAGAGCUAGAGGUAAGGCUAUACAACUUCCGGAGAUGAGGUUAAAGGCAUCAGCUUCGGGUACCAUAAAGGAACGAGUUGGGGGUGGGACUUCAAGACCUUACCCCAAUGGUGGGGCUCGGGCUGAAGUGGGGCCUAGCUCGGAGCCAAGGAGGGGAUCCACCGAGGAAAGAGUUGCAGCCCAGAAGAGGCAAAGGGUGGAGGAGGUGAAGCCUUUGCAGAUCGAGGCCCCAAUUGAGUUCGUCUCCAGCUUCUACGAGUCUGGGAGGACAGCUGCAAAAUGUUUCAUCAUCUCCCACUUCCCUGAGGUGGAUCUGCAAAGGGCCAAGGAUGAGGUGGCCACCAAUGGGGGAUCAGGGGUAGUUCAGCAAGCCGUAGAGAUUGCAAACUUGGUAAAUGCAAUGGUGGAUGAGUUCUUCGAUUUCCUCCAAGAGCAACUUGCUUUGGUUAGGAAGAACGAAGAGCUCAACCAUCAAAAAAAGGUAGCCGAGAAGAACUUCAAUGAACUGACCUCAGAGCUGGAGAAGGUCAAAGAGGAGUUGGCUUCUUCCAAGAGGGCUGCUGAGUUAGAAGAGCAGAAGAGGAAGAAGUGCGAGGAGGCACUUGCGAAGAAGGACAACGAGCUGGCCGAGGUUAAGAGGAUGGCUGAGCUGGCGAUCCAUAACUCGGUAGAGCAGCACGUUUUGAACUUCAUCAAGUCUCCUACAUUUUCCGAGGUGGUGAACCUCUACCAUUUGCCGACUUUGGUGAUGGCCUUCACCGAUUGCCGUAAAAAGGUGAAGAUCCAGAAUCUGGAGGUGGACAUGACCAACAACACGUUUGGCCUUGAAGAGGCAAGGAUAGAAGAGAAUGGGGAUAGUAAGACGGCGAAGUUCCAUCCCGAGUUCAUCACUAUCGACGAAGAAGAGGCCGAGGUACCACAGGGAAUCGAGGUGGCUGAUAACGUGCGAGAUGAGGAAGUGGACCAACAGCAUCAGAUCAUCGACAAAGCUCGGCCUGCUCAUUCUUUGCUUUCGAACUAACAAUUAUUACAACCAACCAAAAAUAUUUAACUUUUUGGCCUUUAAAAAUGAGAUAUUAGAAGUAUAACUUUGUAUUGGACUUGAGGUAGAGGUGAAUUUGUGAUUGCAAGUUCAGAACUUAAGAGUUUGAAUAAAACGAAGUUUCAUUA